CAAAUUGUAUUAAUUGGAAAACGAAAAACAUCUCGUUUACGAUGUUACAAUUGAAAGUCUUAUUUAUUUUUAAUUAAAAAGGUCUUCGAUAUCAUAUGCGAUCCAUAUUAAAUGAAUUGCCAAACCGCACUGAACAGUUUGUGUUUUGCGAUUGGUAUAUUCCUCGUUGCACAGUGUCUGUGGAAGGCAGACACGUUCAGACGCUGAGGGAGAGGAGAUAGCAGGACUGCCUUAUCUUGGUGAAAUCCAAGGAUCAAAGAUGGAGUCUGUUUAUAUUAAACAGGAGGAGGUUCUGGAAUUGGUACCUAUCUGCAUUAAACAGGAGAUGCCUGAACUGGAGCCUGUCCACAUCAAAGAGGAAGAGACUGAACUGGAGCUUGUCCACAUCAAAGAGGAAGAGACUGAACUGGAGCCUGUCCACAUUAAAGAGGAAGAGACUGAACUGGAGCUUGUCCACAUCAAAGAGGAAGAGACUGAACUGGAGCUUGUCCACAUCAAAGAGGAAGAGACUGAACUGGAGCUUGUCCACAUCAAAGAGGAAGAGACUGAACUGGAGCUUGUCCACAUCAAAGAGGAAGAGACUGAACUGGAGCUUGUCCACAUCAAAGAGGAAGAGACUGAACUGGAGCUUGUCCACAUCAAAGAGGAAGAGACUGAACUGGAGCUUGUCCACAUCAAAGAGGAAGAGACUGAACUGGAGCUUGUCCACAUCAAAGAGGAAGAGACUGAACUGGAGCCUGUCCACAUGAAAGAAGAAGAGACUGAACUGGAGCCUGUCCACAUUAAAGAGGAGUCUAUUGACUUGUUUAAGGAUUCAGAAAACAUAUCCCGGCCAAGGAUAUCGCAUCAAUGUAAUGAAUGUGGGAAGAGCUUCAGUCAGUCAGGACACCUAAAAAAACACCAGCGAAUUCACACUGGAGAAAAGCCAUAUCACUGUUCUGAAUGUGGGAGAAGCUUCAUUGAGUCAGGAAACCUAAAAAGACACCAGCAAAUUCACACUGGGGAGAAGCCUUAUCACUGUACUGAAUGUGAGGAGAGCUUCAGUCAGUUAGGAAUUCUAAAAAGACACCAACGAGUUCACACUGGAGAGAAACCGUAUCACUGUUCUGAAUGUGGGGAGAGCUUCAGUCGGUUAGGUAACGUAAAAACACACCAGCGAAUUCACACUGGAGAGAAGCCGUAUCAUUGUACAGAAUGUGGGGCGAGCUUCAGUCGGUUAGGAAGUCUAAAAAGACACCAGCAAACUCACGCUGGAGAGAAGCUGUAUCAUUGUACAAAAUGUGGGGAGCGCUUCAGUCGGUUAGGAAUUCUAAAAACACACCAGCGAAUUCACACUAGAGAGAAGCUGUAUAAUUGUACAGAAUGUGGGAAGGGCUUCAGUCGGUUAGGAAUUCUAAAAACACACCAGCGAAUUCACACUGGAGAGAAGCAGUAUCACUGUUCUGAAUGUGGGGAGCGCUUCAUUUGGUUUGGAAGCCUAAAAAUACACCAGCAAAUUCAUACUGGAGUCAGCAUCCCUCCCUCCCAGUCCCUUACCUCUCCAUCCUACUUGUUUUAGUGAUUGGAGAGCUGACUGAUUCCUUCUCUCUCUCUCUCUGAGUUCCUGUAUGUUUUCCAGUAGCUCUGUGUGUAUAUAUAUAUAUAUAUAUAUAUAUAUAUAUAUAUAUAUAUAUAUAUAUAAAAGGCACAUUAUUAUGUUUCCAUUACCUCUGUAUGUAAAAGGUUUGUCAUUGUUUAAACUGUCAAUGAUUCCUGAGAGAAAUAUCAGCAGUGGAACUGAACAAACCCAAGAGGGACAUUGAAAAACACAAGCUUGUCAAAGGGGGAGAGGCUGCUGCAGGUUUGAUAAUAUUGGCUUCAUGAAAUGAGAAAUGGAAUUCCCUCUGUAAGCCCUGGAGUGUGGGGUCACUCUUCUCUUCUGCCUGCUUGUUCUCAGUGUGUGAGUUCAGCUGCAUUUCUAGUGUCCUGAGCUGGGCUUUGAACCCACUGGGGACACAGCUGAGAACAAACCAGACCCAUGACUCAGGAAUUUUGUUUUAGAUAAAAUAACAAGAUGAGAAAUCUUAUACACAUAACUCUAUUUUAUUUUUUUUCUAUGAGUUUAUUAAUACUUAGAAUCUCUUUGCAUUCAUUGUGUUGCAAUUUAGGUAUUUUCAGUUUGCGUAUUAAAAUGCACAGCUAAGUCUGUUAGAAAUAGACUACAGCUAUGACCAAAAGUUCUGCAUCCCCCUAUAGAAUGAACUAAUUUGCUUCAUAAAGUCGAAUGAAACCUGGUCAAUAAUGCUUCCUUAACAUAUUGAAUUCCACUUGUGACAUUUUGAAAUCCAACAUGAAACAAUGUACUAAUAACAUGUCUUCUGGUAGACUUCUGCAGUAUAAUUUUGUACUUUCUUUGAUUACAUGGUGUUAAGUAAAAUGUAUAAAUUAUGUUCGUAUAGUUUUGUUUUUUAAAUUGUCUCAAUCUGAAAAUUCUCAGUGAUGCUAAACUUUUGGCCGAGCUGUACAUAUAAAUCACCACUGCCAUUAAAAUAGAAUGUUAUAAGAAAGUGUGAAGUGUAGUUCAUGCUAUUAAAAGAGAACACCUUUACACAUUUCACUAUUCAGAAGCCACUAAUAAACUUUGCAUUGAUUUUACACUGAA